AUCAAGGGCCUGAUAUACGCACAAUUCAAACAGUUUUGUCCAGACCAGUAUUUUAUGGGCGCCAGCUGCUCUCUCUCGGCCGCUUUUCGGCUCCAUAAUCGGCCGCUGCCUCCUCGUGUCGUCCAAAGUCAUGAGGGCUGUCAACCUACAGGUCUAUCACUCUCCGGGCCAGUCAUAGACCGCACUUUCGUCCGGCAGGGCCGGGAAGACCAGUGCUCGUCUGCCCUACUGAACUUAGGGGAUAGAGCUUGGCGACAAGAACUAGUAUGGCCCAGUAGGUCGGGCCGCCGGAAAAUGGCAUUCGCCGCCCACUCUUUGCCAUCUGCCUGA